CAAAAGGGUUUCCCAUAUGAAGGCGUGGAUGGCAACGUUCCAAUCUGGAACCGAGGUCAACCUUUUCUAUGAGAAUGCCGACCAUAUAACCAACAUAUCGUACAGCGGCGUCUACUACCAACUGACUGAAGACCAGUAUGUGAUAGUGAGCCACAACCUCACACAAUCGCCUGACAAGUUUGCCAUCAUACCUGGGGAUGACAGAGACCCCUCUCCUAACCCGCUCACCUACGAGGACAACGAACAUGGGGACUAUUACUUUGACGACUCUACUAGGACCUUCAGUUAUCUGAUUUCGGGAAAGACGUCUGUGGCGGCGCGGAAGAAGCGUGACUUACCAACGUCAUUCGUCAACCGCAACGUGCAACUUAAGGUGUAUCGCUGCUACUUUAAGGACUGUAUCCCUCAGGUGCCCAACAUUACACAAGCAGAGGGAGAAGAGUCCGUAGACUUUCACCUUGCGACGGAACGACCAGACAGCUUCGAGAGAUGGUCCGAUCCAGUGACAUGGGAGGGCACAGAGGCGGGGUGGGGCGGGAACUAUGGGGAGAGCCGGAAGAAACGACAAGUGGUGUACGGUCCUCCCAGAGAUGGUGACAAUGUCAGGAUUCUUGCAGGUAAGUGGAUAGUGGCAGAUGUUGAACUGCCGUCCCUGAACAAACUCUUCAUCUACGGUGUUUUGGAGUUGGACGAUACCGGACCCAAUGCGGACUACACACUGAGCGCUCAUCAAAUCCUUGUGCAGGGUGGUCGUUUGAUCAUCGGCUGGGAGGACAACCCGUUCCAAGGGACAGUCCGUAUGCUGCUGAGGGGGAAUCAUCUCACCCCAGACAUGCCACUACCGAACGGUCCCAAUCUAGGAGCCAAGGCACUAGGCUGUUUUGGUGGCUGUGACAUCCAUGGUAAAAACCGCGUGGUGACCUUCACUCGACUGGCCCAGACCGGUAACGUCGGUGACAGUACCAUCACACUGGUGGAUGCAGUGGACUGGGCGGUGGGCGACGACAUCGCCAUAGCCACAACCACAUUUGAUGUCUGGCAAACCGAAACGUUCAAGAUCGUCAGCCUAUCAGAAGACACGACAACAAUCACAUUGAACGGGACCCUGGCAUACAAACACAUGGCUGAAACUCUGACAUUGGCUGACGGCCAGACGACUGUCACCAUGGCAGCUGAGGUUGGACUUCUCAGCCGGAAUAUCCAAAUCAUCGGCGAGGACUACAACGAUCUGUUUGAGGAGUCAUUUGGUGCAAGGGUGCUGGUCGGGACGUUUACACAAAAGAGCGUUGAGUAUACAGGCUACGCCAGAGUCGAAAACGUCGAGUUCUACCACACUGGUCAGGAGGGUUGGACGGAUUUCUACGAUCCCCGCUACUCCCUAGCGUUCCUUGAUGUGGGACUUGUUGAAGAUGACCACAGGAAAUCUUACAUCAGGAAGAACACAUUCCACAGCGGCUUCUCGCCCGCCAUUGGUGUGUUUGGGACCCAGAACAUGGAUGUAGAGGACAACGUCAUUCACCACACUGUGGGACCAGCUAUGCGCAUAUGGGGUGUGGACAACAAGGUACGGCGCAACUUGGCCAUGCUGCUCAUCUGGCCUGACGGAUACCAAGACAGGGGAGAGGACAGCCCUGAAUGGACACCUGCCUUUGACAUGUUUGAGGCUCUCAGUCCUGUUCUGGUCGGAAACGUCGUGGCCGGGUCUCAGAGAUCUGGAUUCCGUGUCGAUGGAGAACCUUGUAGCGGAAACUUGGCUGAAGCCUGGUCCGACAACAUUGCGCACUCCUGCAUGGUAGGAGUUCUGGUUUUCCCCGGGGACGGCUUGAAGCCCUGCAGCAGAAUCGCCCACUUUACCGUCUGGAAGGCCCAUGACUACGGCAUUUAUUUCCAGACCGACACAACCGACGUUAUCGUCGAGGACGUCGUUGUUGUGGACAGCCAGGUUGGUAUCUAUACCAUGCUGUACGGAGCAAAGUCACUGAGUCACGACGCCACUGCGAGGAGCAUCACCGUCCAGAACUCCCUCGUGGUCGGCACAUCCCCGUUCUUCGACUGCAAUGCUGACUACACUCCGGGCGACCACAGCUACAGAAUGGCUUCACGAUAUGGACGUGGUUUUGGGAGACCCGGUGGCGGCAGGGUCGGGAUCAGUUCGGGGCAGUUUUCCAGUAAAUCCAACGCAGCCGGAAUCCAGCCUUUUAACGGGGAUAAGGGAUACCCGGCUAUCAAUGGCGUCAGUUAUAUUAGAGGUAUGACAUUUUCCCACUUCAAACAGUCCUGUAAGGGCCAGGAUGUGGUGUGGAUGACCAACCCUGGACAGGAGGACGCCAUCCAUCCCACCAAGAUCAGCGGUACCACCUUGCAUGACGUGGAAGAUUUAAACAAGGUUUUCUUCGAUCGCCCUUCUCUUGGUAAAAUCCACCCGGCCGACUGUGUGGACAUGGAGUGUGACGGCAAGAAAAACGCUAUCUUUGAUGACGAGGACGGCACCUUCCUGGGUUCGGUGGGAACCGUAAUCCCCGAGGCGGAGUUCGAGUGGGACGGGGACCCCAGGAGGGGUUUAGGAGACUACCGCAUUCCGAAAAUGAUGCUAACCGACCUGGAGGGCCACAGGCUCGAUAUCAACCAAGUUGCUCCCAACAAAGGUAUAGUCCGUGAUGAUAGCUGCACAUACAAGUCCUACUGGCAGGCCUGGGAGUGCCACGACAUCGACUACGAGAUGCUGAUCAUCGAAAGCAUGGACGCAGACACAGAGAUGCGGCGCUUGUCUCCUGUUGCCUUGCUCGCGGACGGAUACGUGGACCUUGAAAACGGCCCUCAGGACCAAGGCUGGUGUUCAGGCUACACCUGUCAGAAGCGUAUCUCCACCUUCUGGACCGUCGUUGGUAUCGCUCGUCACUAUGAGCUAUACUUCACAGGCACAUCACCCCAGAACCUGCGUCUACGCCUGCUGAACGCCAGGUCUGACCAGUCCAUGCGGCUGGGAAUCUUCUACGCAAACCCGCAACGUCUGGACAUCUAUGCAGGAGGAAGAUACAUCCUACCGGAGAACGGUGCCUUUAACGAUGCCGGGCAGAUGAUCGCACUGAAACCAGAAACAGAAGGCCAGUAUUACCCGGCCAUUGAUGGUCCCAGCGGGGCCAACUUCUUCGACAGACCCUGGCAGAGGCAAUACCUCACCAUUAAGGGGAACGAGCCUAUAGACAUCAAGACCACACCUGUUCUCUUCGUCACCUUCGGCGUUCCUGCCAUCACAGUGGACAACUUCUUCGAGGUGAACUUGCGCGCAAAUCUUGCCGCGUACCUGAACAUCCCCGCCUCCAAAAUUCGCGUGGUGAACGUCGUCAGGGAGGACAGUGGGAGGAAGAAGAGGGAGGGAAUCACGGAUGUCGAAGUAGAGAUCACCGACCCCCCAGUAGAGGACUAUGAGGAGGCAUUGGAGACUGUAGAGCAGUCACGUGAGGAGCUUCAGGUUGCCGCCUCUACCAUCGUCGAUGCAAUGCAGCUGGGGACGUUGAGUAACGACACUGGAGUUCCGAUCAUCAGUCUGGCCAUCAUAGAGCCCGUACCAACGCCCAACACCACGGAAUGGGAGGAGGUCACGCAGGAAGACUCGCAAACGUUUUCUCAAGUCGCACAAAUCCAAGUCCCAGCGAGGAUAGAGCUGCACACACAACCAGAGCCACUGCACGAAGGGUCUGAGUUCCCCGUCCAACCAAAGCUGCAAGUCUUUGAUGACUCGGGAGACUUACUGAUGAAUCUUGGCACAGUGGCCUCCCGCUGGGAAGUCCAGGCCACCGUUCGCACCGGAAGCGGAAGUGACUCUCGUGCCCAGAUCAUCGGGGACAAUGCUGUCUUCAAGGACGGCUGGGCCAACUUCACCAACCUGGCCAUCUCUCACAGUGGACAGGGAUACAUCAUCGAUUUUAUCAUCGUCAAACCACAAGCUGCAUCGACCUUCCGAACAGCGUCCAACCCCCUUUACCUGUCUGACCGCAUCCUGUCUGGUAAAUUAUUCACCAUCACAGAGGACCUGACGGUGAACGAACCAUUCACCAUGUCUGUGGGCAUCAUUGACGCUGUAACAGGGCAGGAAAUACAGGACAUCGCAUGGAAGGGCCAUGCUUGGACUUGUAGUGUUGAACUUUACAAGCCCUUCCCUGAGAAUGGUGAGCUGACCGGAAGCACUACAAUCAACUUUGACCCCACCGCCGGACGUGCCACCUUCACGUCCAUGACCUUGGACCAGUUCAGCAUAUACUACUUCAAGUUCCACAUCAGAAGCUCUCCAAGUGACUACGACUUUUUGGUCGAGUCCGAGCCAAUAACAGCUUGGCCUGCAGAUUACGUCACACCUGUUGAGGAGGACUCUGCUCACGUGACCAUGAGGUUUAACGGUGACUAUCAGCAGGUGGCUGCUGGGAAGGAGGGGUAUCUGGGGUCGACUCUGUGGGUCCACAUCAUGGACACGUACACAGAGGUCACCGUGGGCAACUUCAGCUUCUCAGAAGGAAGCGUUGUCGCCGACUUUGAUUUGAAGGGCACGGCGACUGGAGUUAACUCCACCCUGAUUGGACUGUGGGAUGAAGUGAAGGAUGGUUUGAGCCUCGUGGUGGAGGGAAACACGCUCAGAGCCCAGGUGUCCAUGUUAGUGGAUGGAGAAGACUACUACGGCAUGGACAGCGGUCCGCCGGCUGCUCCUCCGGCUGACUUCCCAAUGGGUGCGAUCAUUGGGGUUGUCGCUGUCGUCAUGAUUGUGGCUAUUGUCGCCGGAGUCUUGUUCUACUUCAAGAAGAAACGACGAGGACCUUUUUCCAAAACUGAACCCGAAGAUGAAGAUCCGAUGAAUCAGCCAAGCAGCUCCAAGACUAGUCCUGGGGUCGACAAUGGCUCUUUCAUCGAGAUGAAGGAACCGAAGACAAUGACAGCCCCGGCAGUUCUGCCGCCACUGAAGAUGGUUCCACCCGGCCACACUCAGCACCUGGGUAAAGCCGUAGUGCUCCCGCCCGUGGUGCUGGGACCGUCGGUGCCCAGGCGCGCCUCGGCGGCGUCUAUCCUCACCCUGUCCCGCCCGACCUCGGCAGCGUCCCGGUCAAGCAGCAUGCCUGAAGUGGACGUCACUUUGCCGGGAAUGUCUCCGCGAGGAUCAGUUGAUCUUGGGUCUCUGUUAGGGUCUUCAGCAGACCUUCCCUAAGCUGAAGACUGGCCAUUUCUUGACCCGGAGCUGGGCAGUCGCCGACGUGAAAGGCACGGGCUAAGGACUCAUACUCUAUACCCAGGAUUUUGUGUGUCUUUAAGUUUUUAGAAUGAUAACUUUAUACAUUUUGUGUGGAUAGUGGAUUUGAAAGAUUGAUUUGAAGUGCAAUACAACCUUCUGAAGUUGUAUCAACUAAGCUCGUAUGUCAAGACUUUUCACAAAUGUAUAUUUUCAAAUAUACGAUAUACAGUGUAUACAGUGUCAAAUACAGACUAUUAAGCUAGCGACAUAUGUUAGUUAGUUUUAAAUAGUAUUUUCGUAUUUUCGUUUCCAUAGCAAAAAUCUGGACCUCAUAAGAUAGUACAUAUACGAUAUAUGUCUACAAUCUUUGGUUAUAGUGAGGGUAAUUUAUGCCGCAUUCUUUGUUUAUUUGUCAUGAAAACAUACCCUUCGUAUCAUUUAAUUAAACAUUCCAAAGGGCACAACGGUGCUUCGUAUGUUACAUAUCCAACGGAAGAAGCAAGAUUAUGUGUAUUUCAUAUGACAAAAUACUGAAGUUUCGAUUUCUUCGUUUGAUUUUUUCAUGAGAAUAAAGUGAUGUUUUGGGUGUACUGCAA